UUUCUUUUUUCUUUUCCUUUUUCUUCUUAAUCAUUUUUUUUUUUAAUUUUUAAAAUCUUCUUCUUCUUCUUUUUUUCCUUCUCUAAGUCUAAACACAAAACAAAUACGAACCCAAAAUAAAAGGUUCAAAAUUUCUUGUUUUUCUCAAGGGAAUUAGAGCUUGAAAAGUAAGGGUUUUUUUUUUUUUUUGGGUGGUGGGGAUUGAUUAAAAAUCUCUCGUUGAAAAUCUAAUUAUAACCAAAUUUUUUUCCAAUCACGGUCCACGAAGGAAGUUUGUGGGCUGGUUGAAGAAAAAAAGAAGUAAAUUUGGGGUGGGAAAAAAAAAGGAAAAAGAAAAUAAUGGUUCAGAGCAAAGGGGAGAAAGCUGGGAAAAGCGAAGGGGAUCAUCAACAUCAUGCAGGUAGUGGCGGCGGUGGCGGUGGUGGUGGAGAGAACGGAGGAGGGAGGGCAUUGAAGAAAGGGCCGUGGACGGCGGCGGAAGAUGGGAUCUUGAUUGAAUAUGUGAAGAAACAUGGGGAAGGGAAUUGGAACGCGGUUCAAAAACAUACGGGAUUGGCUCGAUGUGGGAAGAGUUGUAGGCUGCGUUGGGCUAACCAUUUACGGCCUAAUCUUAAAAAAGGCUCAUUUUCUCAAGAGGAAGAAAGGAUUAUCAUUGAACUUCAUGCUAAACUUGGCAAUAAAUGGGCUCGCAUGGCUGCUCAGUUACCAGGAAGAACUGACAACGAAAUUAAGAAUUACUGGAACACCCGAAUGAAACGUCGCCAAAGAGCCGGUCUGCCGCUUUACCCUCUUGAAAUUCAACAGGAAGCGACGGCGUUUCACCUCCGGCAUCACCAUCACCAUCACCACCACCACCAACAACAACAAAACCAUAACUCUGCCUCUGCUGCUGCGGUUGCUACUAAUUUCUCUGUUGUUCGUCAUAAACCAGAUUUCAACAAUCACCAUCCAAAUUCCGUCUCGAUUUUCAACUUCUCUUCGACUAUGAACAAUUACCAGAAGAAUUUCAAUGAUGGGUCGUCGUUUUACGCAACACCCACAAGUCAAUUCAAGUUUUUUCCUGAAAACAACAACGGUGGUGGAUUUGCUUUGCCUCUUUCCCCUGUUUCUCCAUUUCCGCAAAUUGGGCAACAGAUGAAUCAAUCCUUCUCGCCUCCACCGCAAGCUACUUUGCAGUUGAGUUAUGGAGGUUAUGUGUGUAAUUCUAAUUCGGGUCUGAAUUCGAUGUUUCUUGGAGCUCCUUACCAUCACCUGAUUCCGGGGUUGGAACCAGAGCUUCCUUCAAUCCAAACGCCGCCGCACUCCACCACUCCGGCUUCCUCCGGGACCAGCGGCGGCGAGGGGAUUAUGGUGGCGGCCAACAGCGGAUUGCUUGACGUUGUACUGUUGGAGGCUGAAGCUCGGUCUCGUAAUGGGAAACAAUCGAAAGAAGAAAGCUCCUCUGCCGGGGAGAUGAAACAGAGGAUAGACCAAGGAUUUACAGAGGAAGAAGAUGCUAAUUUAUAUGUAGAAUCAGUUUUAGGAAGCAGUGGCGGAGACGCCACCGCCACUGAAAAUCAUUCCGAUGAGUUCAGCUCCUCCCAUUCAUCAUCUCGAAAAAGAUCAAGAACGGAACCAUUAGAAGAGAUGGAUUCAAUGGACGACGAUGACUUAAUGAGCCUACUCAACAACUUCCAAUCGGGAAUGCCGGUACCGGAGUGGUACCCAGGAAGCAGCGACGACGACCUCGGGAUAAACAUGCAUAAGGGGCCGUCGUUGUGCGAGUCGAAUAGCAACCCGGGAGGAGACGAGCCGCGGCAGAAUGUUACUUUGCCAUCGGCGGUUGUAUCGUCGCCGGUGCUCGAAUGGAGCCUUGGGUCGUCUUGUUGGAACAACAUGCCUAGUAUUUGCUAGGAGAUGGGAGGAUCGGAGCGCUUCCAUUGAAAUGGGCCUAUUAUUCCUUCAACAAGGCAAGAAUGGAAUGAACAAAAAGUUAUGAACUUUGUGUGUGAGGUUCAAAGGGUUGAGAUGAAUAUCUGUUGGUUUCAUUGGGUUGGUUUAUGUGUUCAAUCUUUUUC